AUGAGGACUUAAAUACUUGUGUUUACCAUCGGACUUCUGCUUGGUUACAUUCGAGGAGCUCCAUAAACUGAUUACUAGGAUGAGAUUGAUUAAUAUCAGAAAUUGUACGUCUGUGCUUAUCUAUCAAAGUACGAAGUUGAUCAAAUCAAAUCUUAAGAUAAACAAGAUAUUAAUGAGAAGCAAAAGCUUAGGAUUUACUACAAGAUGGCAGCCCAUUGCUAUAAUAACAUUGAUUAGAUCACUGCAAAUAAUGGAUUUGAGUACAAUCCAGCCACCUUUGAUGUAAAUAAGGUCAACUAGAUUACUAACAAGUAUGCUUUCUUAAAAGAUAUUGCUAAUUUGAAGAUUUUGCAAAGCGAUUUCGAAGUAUUCGAUAUGCUAUUUGACGUUUCAGAGGAAGAGGAAAGAUAGAUUCUUAAAUUGCCACCAGUAUAAAAAUUCAAUGAAGCGCCUAAACUUCCACCCGAUUUUCAAAUGUUCCCUAAACCUCCAAAUGAAAAAAUACAAAGUUUUGCAGACAUUAUAGGCAAAGAGAAUUUAGAUAUUGAUGUUCCUUAAGCCAAACCUGUUUAGUCAUCUUCAACUUCUACAACUACAACUACGAAGACUACAACUACAACCACAAAACCAACAACAACAACCACUAAAACUACUACUACUACAACAACAACAAAAGCAUCUACAACUAAAGCAGCUGCUAAAAAGCCAGCUAUUUCUACCUCAGAUGAUAAUUCAGUUGUCAAGGAGAGUGAGAUUUAAUAGGAAGUUCCUUAAUUAGAGCAACCUGAAAUUGAUGUUAAGGUUAAUGUCAAGAAAGAAUAUGCCUAAGGGCCAGCUAAACCCAGUGUAACAUCAGACAUUAGUAACCUUCAAAAGAAGAAAACUUUAGGAAUGUAUAUUGAUGAAUUUAUGGAAUAUGCAGACUAGAUUGUAACAUCCAAGUACUUUGUUCUAGUCCUCUUAGGAAUCAUUGCUUUUCUCUUUAAAUAAAAUAAAGCUGCGCCAGUUGUAGAAUAGCGAAAAGCAAAAAAGAGCAGAAAGGUAGAAGAGACCGAAAGUGAAGUGGAAGAAGAAGUAGUAGACAAAAAAGAGCAAGAUAAAAACAAAGAUUAAUAAGCAGCUGAUUCUCAAAAGUAAAAGCAAGCCAAAAAUAAAAAGAAAUGA